AAAAAACAACAAAAACAAAGACUUCACUUCCGAUUCCAUCUUCAUAGAUCACCUCACUUUCGUCAAACCCAAACCCUCUUCUCCAAUCAAAACCCUAACCCUGUAAAACACACAUACACACACACACACACACUAAUGGCUUCCGUAACCAACGGCACCGUAACAGAACCUCCUAAACCGGAAACCGUUGUAGAAACUGUAACAGACCCGCCUCCGGCCACCGCAGAUUUGACCCCCAAAUGGCCCGGUUGGCCCGGUGAAUGCGUUUUCCGGCUUAUAGUUCCGGUUCUGAAAGUGGGUAGUAUAAUUGGAAGAAAAGGGGAUAUAAUUAAAAAGAUGUGUGAAGAUACGAAAGCCCGAAUUCGUGUUCUUGAUGCCCCUCUCGGUACCCCUGAUCGCAUUGUUUUGGUGUCUGGUAAAGAAGAAACAGAGCUACCUCUCUCACCUGCAAUGGAUGCUGCAAUUAGAAUAUUCAAACGCAUUAAUGGCUUUCCAGAGAAUGAGGGUGAGAGUAUAGCAUCUGUUCCAUUUUGCUCAAUCAGAUUGUUGGUGCCGUCGAUGCAAGCCAUAAGUCUGAUCGGAAAACAAGGAUCAUUAAUCAAGUCAAUUCAGGAGAGCACUGGUUGUUCUGUGCGGGUACUCUCAGGGGAUGAGGUGUCGGCAAUAUCUUCCAACCCAGACGAGAGGAUUGUGGAUAUGCAGGGAGAAGCUAUCAAGGUUCUGAAAGCUCUAGAAGCUGUGGUGGGACACCUGAGGAAGUUUUUGGUAGAUCGUAGUGUUCUUCCUCUGUUUGAAAAGCCUAACGAUGUAGCAGCCACCCCUGCCACGCAAGAACCCCAAGUGGAGCCAUCAUGGGCUGACAAACCCAUGAUGCGGAGCUCACAGCCCAGCGUAGGCGGUGCAGCUGAUUAUUCUCUUCCAUUGAGGAGAGAGACACUAUUUCCGGACCGUGAAUUGCAACGAGAAUCACAUCUCACAUCCCAUGGCCUGUCUUUAUAUGGCCGUGAUCCUGGACUAUCCACUACACGAUCUCCUGCAAUUCCUCGUACUGGCGGUCCUAUUGUCACCCAGAUGUCUCAGACCAUGCAAAUACCACUAAUAUAUGCUGAGGAUAUUAUUGGAGUUGGAGGGACAAAUAUUGCAUAUAUUCGCCGGACAAGUGGUGCAAUUCUUACUGUGCAAGAGAGCAGAGGUUUACCAGAUGAAAUUACAGUUGAAAUAAAAGGGACAACCACACAAGUUCAGACCGCUCAGCAACUAAUUCAUGAUUGUGUCGAUGGUCACAAAGAAUCGUCAAAUCCAAGCAGCUAUGGCAUGUUGGACUCGGGUUUGAGGUCUUCCUUCUCUCAAUUGGGGAAUUCAUUGUACCCAGCAUCAUCAACAUCUACUUAUGGAGGACAAUCGUAUGGCGGAUAUGGAGCCCCCGGUUUAGGAGGAAGUUUAGGAGGAUACAGUAGUUACAGGAUGUAAAAUGUACGCGAUUGAUACAUCCAACAUAUUUGAAGCUUUGCUUUCUAAAACUCUGUUUUAAAUGUACUAUUACUAUUAAAGCUUCAGUUAGUUGCUCA